AUGUUUAAUUGUAAAAACAUAAAUGAAUAUUUACCAUGUAACGAAAGACGUAUGGAAAGAAUCGUGAAUAAUUUGAGUAAAACAGCGCUUGAAAUAUUUUCGAUAAGCGGAAAUGAUUUAUUGAGUAUAACUGUACACUUAAAGCUUCAUUUCAAUUUCAUGGUAUUUAUACCAUUAAUAUAUGCAGUUUGUUCCGUUGUUAUCGUCAGAUUUAUAAUAUCUAUCAUUUUUCGAUUGAACUUUCAACCAAUAUGA